AUGUCUCAAGUAAUCAUGUCGCACAAUUUCAUGGAUGCAAGUCAGUCAAACAAUCCGAAGGAUGAAGAACUAUCCUUCGUGGAUAUGACGACUCCCAGUUUGAACAGCCCGAAUAACUAUACAGACUUCAUAGCCGAUUCUGUUUCCAUCAACUCCAGAAGUAAACUUAUCCUGACGACUCCAAACAUACAGGGAGAUCAGGCUGUCUCCAUUACACACACCGGCAAGAGACCGAAACACACACGAAGGUCCAGAAACGGCUGCAUUAGUUGUAAGAAACUUCGAAUCAAAUGCAAUGAGAUGGUCCCUAAAUGUGAAUAUUGUACAAGCACUAACAGAGAAUGUGUGUAUUAUAUCACUUCACAAAGAAAGUUCCUUGAGAAACCUAACAACCGGUACACCAACAAGCUUAUCAAAUCAUUGGAGGAUAGAGAACAAUCACCCACGGAAAUUUCCAAUUUUGAAGUAAAAAUCUUGAAACAUUUCAAGAUCUAUACCUUACAAUUUACGUCAUUCAUCAACGGACCCAUGCAUUACCUUACCACUGUAGACAUCCCCAAUCUAUUUGAAUCCUCACAUGUGGUCAGACUGGCAGUGUAUGCCUUUGGAUGUCUUAACUCUUGGGUUAUAUGCGAUUUACCAAAUCCUAAACCGGGGAAAUCCUUGAUUUUCAAGAACCAACUACGCAAUCCUUUCCAUUUUCUGGAUUCGAUUCAACGGAAAUUAUUCGAUACCAACUUAAAUUUUCUAGAUGAUUUCAAAGGAUUACCCAAUCUUCAAUUGGGAUUGAAGUGCCUGCAAUAUAAAUCAUUUCUUUAUUCAAGUAGAACUUUAUAUAGUGUGACUAACAUUUAUUUAAUUCGACUUAUUGAUGAGUUGAAUGAAGAGUUGAGUACCGGGCAACUAUCUUCAGAAAGAGGUAAAGCUCUUGUCAUUGGAGUGAUGAUGGUGUUACUUUUCCUUGCUUUACAUAGUCAUAACACCACACCAUUAAUGAAAUUUGAUGAUAAGUUCCAAUAUUGUUAUGGGAAACAAGUCGAAGGUAAACAUUUGGAUUUGGAUACUGAUAUUCUUACUAUAUGCUCGGUUAUAAGAACAAAGACCACUUAUGUAUUCUCGUCAUUAGGUGAUUCAGAAGUUUCUACUCUCUUGGCCAUGAGAGCUGUAGAUACAACUCAAGAUUUUUACUUGAUCAACAAACUUCAAAGUCAAUUGGAAGAGUCCAGGAAUCAAUUCACCUCCAGAGAAGUGGAUAUACUAAAUUCUAAUUUGAACCACCUCAAGCAAGGGUUUUCAAGAUGUUAUGAACUCGAUUCACCAAUUGGUUUAUUCAAAUUGUUGACGAGAUUUUGUGAUGAUUUCUUGGACUUGGCUAGGAAUAAGAACUUGUUUGCUUUAAGAAUUCUUUUUAUUUAUAGUUUCGUGAUGUUAGAGCUAAGAACAUGUUUGUUUGUCAAUAAGAACGUUUGGUUGGAUUAUAUGGAAUGGUUCAGGAGCUACAAUUCUACCAAGUAUGGGAAAUGGGCCCAUGCUUUUGACUUCACAAUAUAUAACUUGAUAGGGAAGUUGGAUGUUGAGUCUACAAGAGAGCUAUUGGAUAAGGAUUUAGAGCAUUAA